GUCCGACCACCACUACUUUCCCUUCACGCUUCCUCACCUUUGGCAGCUGCCUUCAACCUCGGUAGCUGAACAAGCCAAGCAGCAGCAGCAGCUAGAUAGUGAUCCUCCAUGGGAAACACCGGCCUCGGCGUUGGCCUCGGCCUUGGCCUUUGCGCCGGCGCCGGCGUCUUGAUGCAGGCUGCUGGUCCAAACAUGGAACACCUGAAGAGGAACACUGAAGCAUCUGUUAACAGAGUGGUGGCUCCUCAGCGUCAGCACAACACUGAGGACAUCGACGAGUCGUCAGCCGAGGAGCUGCGCGACGCGAUGAGCUACGCCAAAGAGAACCCGAUGCUGAUCCAGGUUCCGGUGUUAGGAACGGCGAGGAAAUUCUGGAGAUUAUCUGACAAAGCGACUAGGAUCAGCAGAAAACUUGCUUUGAUACUGAGGAGCCUGCACUCAAAUGGCAGGUACCUCACUGCACCUCUGAAGGUGUCCAACGUUUUCAUUGGGAGCAGUGGGAGUGUAAAGCUCAGGGGUGUUAGUGUCUCUGCAAAAGGCUUCAUCAGCAUUGAGCGUGUCAGAGAUGACUACAAGCACCUGUUCAAGGUCCUAAUUUCGUUGAUUCAAACCUCGGGUGGGGAUAUCGCCAAUUUGCCUCCGGACUACAGGGAAUUCCUUAUGCUCAUGGGGAGGGGCACCUUCACAAUGCAAGAUGAAUUCCUGAUUGUAAACCAUGUUGCGCUGCUGCCCAUGGAAAACCGGACUGAGGUUUUCCUGAUGCUACACGAUAGAAUUGUCAAUUAUCUUGGUCGUACGGACCCAGCAAAGAAGAAGAGGAUACUCCGUAAUCUCCCCUACAAGAAGGACUGGUUGGACACUGCCAGAGCAAAUGCAGAAAUCAACCAGUGGGUUGUCAGCAAUGUUCAGAAAGAGUAUAGGAGGAAUCCGAAUGAUCUACUGCGGCUCAACAGAAAUGUAAGAUGCCACCCGCAUGAGUACAACAACGACGACAUUGAGGAGACUCUGUAUUGUGAAUGGCCCGAGCUGCUCAUGGCCAUGGAGAAGAUGUUACACUCGGUAGGUGAGCUCGUGGACACUGGCAUUGCAAACAAGUUCGGCUAGCCGUCCUAGUGCAAAACCGAUGUAUUCUGCGUUUCCUGCUAUCGUCAAUCUUCAGUGAGAAGGUUUAUGGUGAUGGAUCAGCUAUAUAAGACUAUGCUGUAAAAUGCUUCCUUGAAACUCAAACUAUGCUAUAAUUGUCAUUGAGUUUGCAUUGACUUUUUAAUCUUGGUUUCUUUAA